GGAAUAAACAGUGAAAAACAGCUAUCUGGAGUGAUGAGUCGUCAUUUGUGCUGUAUAAGAAAAAUUCAAGCAGAAAACUCUGGCGCAAAACUGGUGAGAGGUUUGAUACGGAUCACUUUGUCCCAAAGGUGCAAGGAAAUGGUGGAUCGGUUAUGGUCUGGGGGUGUAUCUGGUCAGGAGGACUUAGUCCACUUGUUUUCGUAGAUGAAAACAUGGAUGGUCCAAGAUAUGUAAAAGUUCUUUGAGACCAUUUUCUUCCAUUCUUGCAUGCUCUUCCUGUACCUAGCAGCGGUAGCUACAAGUUCCAGGAAGAUAAUGCCAAGGCACAUAAAUCAAAAGUUGCAGGAAAGUUCAAGAAAAAACAUGGUAUUGAUGUUUUGCAAUGGCCACCCAACAGCCCUGACCUUAGCCCCAUUGAGAAUAUAUGGAGAAUCAUUGAUCACAGAAUCAGAGCAAGACGCCCCAGACCAAAUUCUCUGAAUGAGCUGAAGGCUGCUUUGUUGGAAGAGUGGAACAAAAUAUCAUCAAAAACUUGUAAAAGAUGCUGCUUGAAUAUGCCAAAUCGAUUGGCCUUACUUAAGAAAAAGAAAUUUAAGCAAAUCUGCUAUUAAAACUGUAUCUGUUUUUUUUACAUUAUUAAUAUAUAUGUCUUUCACUUUU